AACCAUAAAAUUUGGAAUGCCAUCUUCAGUUUUACAAUAAUGAACAUUGGAUAGUGCUUAAUUCUAUUGUCAAAACAAAUAAUGCGACCUAACCUAAAAUUAUUACUGAAUACUAGUUGCGGUGUAUUGUUUUUAAUCUUUUAUUGUGAAUAUCUUAUUUUCUACGCGGUGCAAAGCAGUUGUGGCUGGCCGAUUCUAGAUCCCCAAACACAAGACGAAUCUAUAGAGCCUUCCAAUGAAGAACCUGUUAGAGUUAUGGUUAUUACAGAUACACAUCUUUUGGGAUCAAGACACGGACAUUGGUUUGAUAAGUUGCGAAGGGAAUGGCAAAUGUACAGAGCUUUCCAAAGUGCCAUGACAUUACACAAACCUGAUUUAGUUUUCGUAUUAGGCGACCUUACUGACGAAGGAUUGUAUUGCAGUAGUACAGAAUUUGAUAAUUACGUAAAAAGGUUCCAUAGUUUAUUUUCUGUGCCCGAAGAAACCAAAAUGUAUGUAGCUGUCGGAAAUCAUGACAUUGGCUUCCAUUAUGGAGUGAGUCCAUAUUUGAAUCAAAGGUUCGUGAAUGCGUUUGAUGCUCCAGCUGUAAGACUGAUUAGUGUUAGAGGAAAUCAUUUCGUUUUAGUGAAUAGUAUGGCUUUGGAAGGAGAUGGGUGUUUUUUAUGUAAACCAGCUGAACAACAACUAACAAGAAUUGAAAAAAUUUUGAAAUGUACCAGAGGAACCUAUACAGAAAAAUGUACGCCCAAUAUGAAGUUAGAAAAAUAUAGUAAACCAAUAUUAAUGCAGCAUUACCCUUUAUAUAGACAGUCUGAUAUUGAAUGCAAUGAUUUCGAUGCAGCUCCGUUUCCUAUAAAACAGGAAAGAUUUCGGGAACGUUGGGAAUGUUUAAGUCAAGAAGCUACGUUUCAAAUACUUAAUCAAGUGAAACCUAGGUUGGCAUUAUCCGGCCACACACAUCAUGGUUGUACUAGAGCAUUACCUGUAGGAGAAGGCCUCGAAAUAACUAUACCUAGCUUCAGUUGGAGGAAUAAAGAUAAUCCAAAUUAUUUAUUGGCAACUUUUACCCCGAAUAACUACGCUUACUUCAAAUGUGAGCUUCCUAGAGAAUCAACAGUAAUCAAUUUGUACCUAUUCGGUGGUACCAUCCUAAUUAUUUGGUUGUUGUACUCGUUGAAGUACAGAAGUAGACAAUGGCGGGUGUUCGCUGACAUUGGAUGCAAAUGGGCGUAUAGGUCCUCUAUAGUCGUUAAAGUGUUAAAUUAAUGAAUCGAUUCCAUUAAAUGUGCCAAUAAAUAUACAUGUAACGAUAUUAUAAUUAAUAAACUGUAUUCUUAAUAA